AGCCAUUGGCGGAGUUCCAUUACCGUAUCACAUGACAAUUUCUAACACGUGAUUGUGAGCCACUUUGCCUUGUGAUCAAUUAAGUCUUGUUUGUGUCCAGGGAGUUGGUUCUGUUUUGGUGCGUCUGUUUUACCCAAGAAAUGAGGACUUUGCUCAUUUGCCUCCUGUUUGUUGGCCUGGCUUGUGGCCUUCAAAGAAUUCAUCUACAUAAAUUCCGCAGCGUUCGUCGUCAAUUGUCUGAUGUAGGGGUGACCAUUAAAGACCUGGCAUUAUCUGGUUCACUCAAGUACACUCAAGGAGCACCAAUUCCUGAAGUUUUAAAGAACUAUCUGGAUGCACAAUAUUAUGGAGAAAUUGGUCUUGGUACUCCUCAACAGAAGUUCAAUGUAGUCUUCGAUACUGGUUCUUCCAACUUGUGGGUUCCUUCCAAGAAAUGCCCAAUCACUGAUAUUGCUUGUUUGUUCCACAAGAAAUAUGAUAGUACUAAAUCCAGUACAUACAAAGUGAAUGGUACAAAGUUUGAAAUUCAGUAUGGUUCUGGCAGCAUGGAAGGCUUCCUCAGUGAAGAUUCCAUAGCAAUCAGUGAUGUUGUUGCAAAGAGUCAAACAUUUGCUGAAGCUACGAAAGAACCUGGUCUUGCAUUUGUAGCUGCCAAGUUUGAUGGAAUACUGGGUAUGGGUUAUCCACAGAUCUCUGUUGAUGGGGUCGUGCCUGUAAUCGACAAUAUGAUUCAGCAACAAUUAAUUGAAAAACCAGUGUUUUCAUUCUACCUUGACAGGAAUGUGAACGACUCUCAAGGCGGUGAGCUGUUCCUUGGUGGUUCAGAUCCUAAGUAUUACACUGGCAAUUUUACUUAUGUACCUGUCACAAGGAAAGGUUACUGGCAAUUCAAGAUGGAUGGUAUAACCCUUGGUGGUUCAGCCUCACAGUUCUGUAAGGGUGGCUGUCAAGCUAUUGCAGAUACUGGUACUUCUUUGAUAGCUGGACCAACUGAAGAAGUUCAAGCCAUCAACAAAGCUAUUGGAGCUACCCCAAUAGUUUCUGGAGAGUAUAUGGUCAACUGCAAUAAAAUUGACUCGCUACCUGACAUUACAUUUGUGUUGAACAAUAAACCAUUCAUUCUGAAAGGAAGAGACUAUAUCAUGCAGGUAUCUCAAUCUGGUGUGACAUUAUGUUUGAGUGGUUUUAUGGGUAUGGACAUUCCACCUCCUAUGGGUCCCAUCUGGAUUCUUGGUGAUGUCUUCAUUGGAAGAUUUUAUACAGAAUUUGAUCGUGGCAAUGAUAGAGUUGGUUUUGCCACUGCUGUAUAAACUCUGCUUAAUCAUUGUCUUUUCAUAUUCAGUUUACCGUCUCAAAACCCAAUUGUUAAGUUUCUUUAAAGUCUAUUUACCAAUAAAUAUUGGAGCAAGGACAUUUUCACUUCCUUGAACAACUCCUAAUAAUUUUUUUUUUCUUCAUGCAAGUCAUUUAUUAAAAAAAUAAUUAUUGCAAAUUCUUAACUGUGUUGUUGUAUCAUAUACCCGGUAAUCAUGCUUUCAGUAUCUGAGUCGUAUAAAAGAAUCUGUUUAGUUUGUAUUAUGACAACUAUAAUAUUGUCCUAAAAAAUUACAAUGAUUUUGAUAAAUGGUGAAGUGUAUACAUUUUAAAAUAAUUGAAAGAUAUGAUUUAUAAUAUUACCUAUGCUGGUGAAUAAUGAUUUGCUUUCAUUGUUUAUAUAAAUGGGAUAAAGAUAUGGAUACUUUAAAGCUAUGCAAUUUUUGUUGUAUUGGAUGUAAUUGUUUUAAGGAGAAGAAAUAUCUCUGAACCACCAUGUAGUUUAAUGUCGUGCAGUGUCGUGUGGUAUGCAUUGAAUUAUUCCUAAGAAAAUGAUGCGUUCAACAUUUGCAUAAAUUAAUGCACUUUCAUGGUGCAUUUCAGCCGAAA